GAAACAAACAGUCUGAACCAUUAAGUGCUGAACCAUUCAGACAUCUGAACAAUUAAGAGGCAGAAACAAACAGCCCAUAACCCCAUAGUCUUAUCCACUUCUCCCCCUGCAGACGCACACGUGACGCCAGGCGGCUCAGAUUCACCUAACUAAAUGGAGAAACCGCUUAAAGUAGAGGAAGAUGAAUCAUCUGAGUUCACAUCAGAAAGUGCAUCUGAUGCGAAGCAAGAAACCUUGGAGGAGAUGCUUUCUAGGCACAGGAAAGAGAUAUCCAGGCUACAAGACAAGGAAACUGCAAUGAGAAAGGCAGCUGCAAAAGGAAGCAAGGCCGAGCAGAAAGCGAAAAAGAAACAAGUGGAUGAAGAGAUAUCAAAACUCUCAACAGAGCUCAAAGAGGGACAUGCCCGUGAACUCGCUUCUCUGGGGUAUAACGGUAAUAACACCAACAAUAAGGACAACAAAGGAAGCCUUGACAACUUAGUCAAUGCUAUUGCGGGUGUAUCCGUCAACACGGCCCAACCCGACCAAUCAAAGCCCAGUAAGAGCGUCAAGAGGCGUGAAAAACGGGCCCAAGAGGAAGCAGCCCGAGAGCAGAGGAUAAAAGAAGAGCAGAGUAAUAUUCAGAGCGACCGGGCCAUUGAGGACGAAAAGCUGGUAAAGAAACUCGGACCGCUCGGGCUAACCGUAAAACAAAUAAAGCCCGACGGGCAUUGUCUCUACCGAGCCCUUGAGGAUCAGUUAUCCCUCCAUUCAAAGGGCACCUCUCCUUACUCUUACUUAGAAUUACGCCAGCUGGCAGCAGGUUACUUGAGGCAACAUUCAUCGGAUUACCUUCCGUUUUUCCUAUCCGAGAAAGGCGGGUUGUCUUCGGGCGACGAAUCGGGUACCAAGAGGUUUGAGGAUUAUUGUGGGGAAGUGGAGUCAACCGCGGCAUGGGGAGGUCAACUUGAGCUCGGCGCCCUUACUCAUGUCUUGAAGAAACAUGUUGUUAUAUAUUCGGGGUCAUUUCCGGAUGUGGAGAUGGGAAGGGAAUAUAUAAAUAAACCAAAGAGUGGGACCGCCUCGUCGCCGGAGAGUAUCUUGUUGUCAUACCACCGGCAUGCGUAUGGGCUCGGGGAGCACUAUAACUCGGUUGUCCCCAAGAUGGCUUGAAGAGCCGUGUCUGUGUGACGUGAACAAGGUUUGCUUCACAACUCUGUGACAUUUGAUCUAAGUGCUUGUGUUUUUGACCUAAGAAAUGAGUUUAUGGUUGAUAAAGCUUCUUUUUUUCUUUAAGUUCAUCAAUUAUUACUAUAAUUUUCUUUUGUUUUUGUCUACAUUUGUGUGAUUGGAGUUGAUGCAUAUGGCUUACUGUUUCAUAAAUGUUUUGUGCCUUAUUGUGUUUGGAUUAGAACAAUGCUUGGUUUACACCCCAAAGUUUUUAUGGAGUACAUCAAUAUUAUAUCGCCCUCAUUUUUUGCAUUUUGCACACAAGAUUUGUAUGUGAAACAAACAAAUCGUGUCUGUAUGU